AUGGAGUGGGGAAGUGGCCUGAAGCGCAGCCAGUCUCUGAAGGCAGUGACAUGUGACAAGCCUGUCUUUACAGAUGUGGGCCUGCGGGACAAAAGGGCAUCUGUGUCUCAGCUUGUCGCCAAAUACCAGGUAGAAGUGAGCCAACAUAUCGAAACUACAAGAAGCAACACAGAGAAGAAAUCAAAUGAAGAAGUGAUCCAGGCAUGGCGACCUCAUCUACAAGCUAGUGACCUGAAAGGCGACAUUCAUAUCAACGAGUCUGAAACAUGGAACAACACAUGGAUACAGCCUAAAAGUCCGAUCAGUUUGUCCCGUAGCAAGUCUCUGGGAAGUUUAAACACUAUUGACACACUUAAAUCUAAAUUUGAAGCAAAAUCUGUGGCUCCAAUCAAACAGGAAGCUUUCAUGUCAUCUCCAAGAAAAUGUGGCAAUAUUGUGUUAAAUGUCAAACAGGAAACUUUCAUGUCAUCUCCAAGAAAAUCUGGCAAUAUUGUGUUAAAUGGAGAGAAAAGAGAGAAUUAUGAAGAUGAACAAAGCAUUCCAGAGGACGCUGCAGUGGCAAAACAAAUGUCACUUGCAAAGGUGGAAAAUAACACAAAGAUUCAGAGAAGAAAAACCAUUGGAGGAGUAGAUUUUGAAACACUUGCAGAGUCUCAAGAGGAGGAGAAGAGGAAGUCUAUUGCAGAAUUCAGAGACAGCUCAGAGAAAGUGUGUGUGUCUGUAAAGGCCAUAUCUGCUCUGUAUCUGUCAAAGGUCGCCCCACAGGAACCAAAGACUCUGAUGGCUGAAGACACCAAAGACGACAUCCUACCAUCUGCUUCAGAAGAUCAGUCAGGACUUUAUUACAGAGCCACUAUAGAAUCAAUCCAACAAAGGCGACGCAAAAAUGAGCUGAAACGGCUCCUGAAGCAUACCCAUCCAGAAAUCACAACAUUGGACAUUGUGAUGGACAAGGAGCUGGCAGCAGUGUUGAAGUCUGAGGCCGAGGAGGCAGCUGCUGAAACAGGAUACGAGGGAGAAGUCUUCUCAAAAUGCUUGAUAUUUGAGAACUGCACCACGAGCCAAAAAGGAUCAUCUUACAGCACGAACAUGGUACAGGGAACUAGCCAAACACCAACAAGUGUUUUUGAGGAGCAUACCCACAGUGAGCCCAAUAAAGACUUGAUAGAAGAGGAAGUAAGAAUAGAUGUCCAGUCCACCAGGAGGAGAUUUGAGGAGAAGUCAAUAAAAGCAACACAGUCAUAUCAGCACAAGCCCCAAGACAAUGUUUACAAUGCAGAUAAAGCGCUACCAGGCCAGAUUAUGAGGAAAUCUAAAUCAAAUAUUCAAGAUAGUCAAUACAAAACUAGUGACCUUCAUUCUAUAGAACAAGUUCAUUCUGAGAAUCUAGAUGAGGACUUUACAAGCAUACCUGAGCCAGAAACAUUUGGAGAUGUGAUCAAAACAUCUCAGGACCUGUUCCGUCACAACCCAUUUAUUACAGUUAAUGUAAAAAAAGAGUAUUCAUCAUUUCAAGGUACAAAAGAAGUUAUCCCUGAAGCUGACAUUCAGAACGUGAAGAACAGAAAGCAUAUUUUUGAAUCCAUGCCAUUUGACAAGAUCAAGCAGCAGAACAAGGAUGACAUAGAGACAAUGGUGGAGAACAUAAGAGAAACAUUACGCUUUCUAUACUCUGCCAAUGUUUUACAAUCAAAAGGCUCAAUCAUUGAAGUUCAUGAAACUAUGAUAGCCACAAAGGUUAAAUUCAUUUUAACAGAGACUGGUCCAGAGAUUAUGCAAGAUACUGUGGCAGAGGGAGGAGCACAGAACUUCAUAUUGCAUCUCCUGCCACGAGCCAAUGUAGAGCCACAAAUUAAAUACAUAAAAGAGUGCAGAGAUGGCAUUUUGAUGAUUAUAGAGGUGAGUGCACCAGUCCACCCAAACCAUCCAGACACUGAGUUUAAAACUGCCAAUGUAGUCCAGCUUAUUGAAGAUAUACUUACCCAGGACAACUCUCUUCGGAAAGGGGUGCUUAUCCAGGAUCGAGUGGAGCAAUGUGCCCAAGUUAGUGUUUACUCUCUGUACUGUUAUGUCGACAAUGAAGACAUCAAAAGUUACUGCCCCUCAGAGCAAGCACCUGCAGAGGAAGUUGAACAAGAGGUGGGAAAAAGUGUAACAAUUCAAAAAGAAAUCCCUCAACUGAACAGUGGAAUCAUUAAAUCAACAAUGCACAGCCUUAAAGAAGGCCAAAUGGAAAUGGGUAUAUUGCCAGAAAGGCCAGAUAUUACAAUAAAAGGAAAUGUCAAAUUGUUCCGAAGUUGUAUUGAAAAAGGCGAUAUGGAGUAUUUGAAAUUGCUUCAGGCUGAGGCAGACAUGGCUGAAGAGGAACUACCUGUGAACUCUCCUGACAGUAAUGCAAGUGAUGAUAAUGCAGGCCAUACAGAAUAUGAGCCAGUGGAUAUUAAAAAACUGAAAGGUCUAUUCUCUGCAGAUUCCAUACCAGUUGCACCAAAACCGGAAUCUUGUACAAAUGUUUCUUGGUUGCCUUCCAGGUCAGAAGAAAAGAAUAAAAAGACAGCUAACUAUGAACCUCAAGAUAAGCAACGAUCCUAUGCAAGUAGUUUUAUUGAGGAUAGUGAGUAUAUCCACCAAGCAGAGUUAGCAGAAGUCACCGAUGAAUGUGAAGAAAUUUCCAGUCUCCAAGCUGCGAUUUCCCAGCUCCAGAAGGCCACAAAUGAGGCCAAAUCAAUUCAUGAUUCUUUGCAGAUUUAUGAUUCAGAACCUAAAACAGAAGAUGAGGAAGUUGUUCUUGAGGGCAAACUCCAAGCUGCUUUACAAGCCCUGGAAAGAUCUAACCUUAACGUCACUCGUGGAGGUUUUGACGCGGCAAUGAUAUACAGAAACUCCACACACCCAACAAACUCUUGUUUUGAAUGCAAGGCAACUUCAGGUUUAGUAGAGCAAAAUGUGGGUGAUGCAAGUGAAGAAAGUGCAAGUCAAAAUAAAUCUGUUAUGGAGAAAAGCAGAAAAUCACUUGGACCCAAACCAACCCUUCCUCCAAAACCUGAACACUUAAAAGCCCAUCCAAAGGAGCUACCAGCAAGAGCUCAAAUCCAGAAUGCACAAACGACAUCUGCAAAUAACCAGGAAGAUGUGACAAAUAUCAUUGAUACAGCUGAAUAUGUCACAGCUGAGCAAAAGAUGGAUAAAGAAGAACCUGAUGAAAGCCACCUCAACUUCCAUGAGGCAUGUCAAAUAUUUGGGAGUAAAAAAACAGCAAUGAAAAAGACAGCGCCAGUGAAGCCAAAAAGAGUGAAAAUUGCUGACACUAAAAGCCAGGGGCAAUCCGAUUCAGUACCCUCAACAUCUUGUACCAACAGCGGUGAACGAAGGAAUGACGGAGAGGUGAAAGUGACAAUGAGGGAAAAGAAAGGAUGUAAAGAAACAGAGGAUGAGCGUAGGCAGCGGUUGUCAGUACAUAUGGAUGAGAUCGUGAGAGGCAACAUCACAGCCGCAAUGGAAAUCUAUGAUAAUUUGAGGAAACAGGAAGAGCUGGAGAACAUCCUCAUUCGAGUAGACGAAAUUGAGAAGGACACCAGUGAGGUAGACGUCAAAUCUUUGAAGAAGGUAUUUGAAGAUGUACCGGACUGGGUUGUGAGCCCUGAUAGAAAGAGAAACAAAACUGAGGGAGUGCAACAGAAGAUGGAAAAACCAAAGUUAGUGAAAUCAAAUUCAGAAACGACGUCUCCAGUGGCACAUGUUUUCGGAGACUUAGCUCGAGCAAGUGAAGAAAUUAAACAUUUAAAAGAGCAGACUUUAGCUCGACUUUUGGACAUAGAGGAAUCCAUUAAAAAGGCGCUUUCCUCUGUCUCUAAUCUGAAAUCUGAAGCAGAUAUAGCUGGACUAUCAAGUCUUUUUAAAGAAUCACUGGGAACAGCACAAAAGGCAAGUUCUUCAGGUAAAAUCAGCACAAUUAGCAUAGGGUCCAGUCGAACAAAAACCAAGACCAACACAAUCAAAAUGAAUGAAAAUCAAAGUGGUGACAUUGAAUUGCCAAAACAAUCAAGCCCUAUGUCAUCGCCUGCGUUUAUCUCCAUCUCAGCUGCAAGAAAAACAGAUGUCCCCCCGGAGAUUACACUUUGUCCUUCGUGUCGCUAUGCCCCAAAACCUGAGGAGAAAUUUAGGACAACCAAGACUUUAAAGUGUCACAGUCCCACACCAGUCAGAAAAGGAGGGCAGAAACAGAGCCCACCCAAACCAAAAAGGGAGGUUAGCAUGCUUGAGGUUCAGACUGAUCCCAAAGGAACAAAGAAAAGCCUUAUAGGUACAAAGACCAUCACGAAAAAUUAUGAAAGGACUGAUAAUUUUGGUAACAAAUUUUACUCAACCAAAACUUCAACUGUACUCACCACUGAGCCACAAUCUCGUCCUGUCCAAUCAGUUGUCAGUCCAGAAGUGAAACAGAUCUCCACACAUCCUGAAGUUAGACUGCCAGUCAAUAAGAAAACUAAUACCUAAUGUUUUUUUUUGUUUUGUUUUGUUUUUUUGGUAGGUGCUAAAUAUUCUAGUGAAAUUGUGAAAUUGUAAACGUGACUUACAAAAAAUGUAUUGUGCU